UGUAAAGUAAAUUAAUUUUAGAGCUGCGUUUCAAUAUACGCUUUUAAAAAGGUGGCAACAUAUUUUUGAUACAUUUUGAAAAUUCUUCAAUUCACAAUAUUUGAUCUGCGUGCAAUUUGUGUACAAAUUUUUAUUCUUUACUCCGCAAAUAUUUUAAGUAAAACUUGUACAUUACAAUGGAACCAAUGAAUUUAGGAAGCCCAAGCGGUAGUCCAGCAACAUCAAGUCCAUAUCUGCCUUCAUUUUUGAUGGGUGAUCCAACUGUGCAAGGUACACAAAAUGCUCUUUCUCCAAAUAAAGGCGGUAGAAAUGUAUCAUUUAGUAAUGCAACACCCACUGGACCCGUAUCGCCUAAAGAUAAAAAUCGACAAGUUUUAGGGCAAAAAACACUCUUUGGUAAUUACCAACAAUCGCCAUCUUGUGGUGGGACACCGAAUUUCAACAAUACUUCCAUGCAGAAUCAUAAUUCAAGUAUAUCUGGUCCUCCAACUCAAGGACUUUUUGACACAUUGCGAAAUGAACGCUUUCAAGUUCAGACUCCGGUGCGCAAUGCACAUUUGCCACAAUUCGGCACACCUGGACAAUCUAAUAAUGUUAGUGGUUUUGGACUUAACCAAAGUUAUCAAUCGAAUCAACAAACAAAUUUUUAUAAUGAUUCUCGAAUAAGUGCAAAUAACACGACACAUAUGUCAAGAUCAAUGUUAUCACCUUUAGCUCCAGUGUGUCUAUCGCCACAGACUCAGUCAACUUUGUGGAUAACUGUUUUUGGUUUUCCAAUCACUUCCAUUUCGACGAUUUUACAGCAUUUUUCGCAGUGUGGCACAAUAGUUGACAAAAUUUUUCCAUCACAAAAUGGUAAUUGGGUCCAUAUAAAAUACUCUUCACUUGUUGAAUGUGAUAGAGCUUUGAAUUUCAACGAAAAAAUAAUUACACAGAAUAUUAUGAUAGGAGUAACACGGUGUAAAGAUCGUUCAAUUGUUGAGAAAGAAAACAUGGUCGAUAGUAUACCAUCUACUCCAAAAAUAAGGAAUUUGGCACAUCCAUCUACACCUGUAGCGAGCAAAGAUGUUUUAACUCCACAAAAUCAAAGUAUCGCUCAAAGGAGCUCUGGAAUCAUGAACAAAGCUAUUGAUUUAUUUUUCGGUUGGUAGCAGCAUAUAAAUAAAAAUUUUCUGAAUUAGUUUAAUAUAUGGUAAUAUGUCCACGUUUAUUAAAAAUUCAUGUUUCAAACUACAGUUUGUCAAUAAUGUAAAAGAA